AUGCCUAGUGUUGCUAAUGAGUCUAAUGCUGUGGAAAAUCCCAAGAGAGAAUCAAGUGCUGAAGCAAGCACUCCUUCUACAACUAACGAAGCUGUAAAAGAGCAUAAAAGAAAGAAGCUUGUGAGAAAGACAAAUGACUCUAGUGCAAUAAAAUUAAAAAUAUGGCUUGCGGGCCAUUGCAUUACCAUUGUAUUUGGGCUCAUUUCUUUUACGUUUCAAAUAUUCUGGUUGCCUAACAAGUUCUAUAUCAAUUCAAUCAGCUACAGGUUGGCUUUGGUGGGUGCGAUCAUGGCGUUGACGGCCACUAUAUCCCAUAAGUUCGGGUUUUCAUUCUUGCCACCAGCUUCGACUUUGGUGGCUCAGCAAAAUUUCCAAUACUUGUGUUUGGCCGUUGCAUGGAUCUUUACUUUCAAGUCUAUUUUUAAAAUACUUCCGUAUUUUAUUAUUUCAUUGCUACAAUUAGGUUCACAUAAGCAUAUUAGCUUCGUGGAAAAAGAGUCUGGCUUCCUAGCAUCUGUGAUUGCAUAUAACGAGUUGUUGUUAAUCAUAUACUUGUUUUUGAGGACACUCGUCUUCCGUAACACCUCUGGAUUUCAAUUGGUUCUUUUCUUGGUGUUCUACUGGUUGAGAAUUUUAUACAACAAAGAAACGAAGACCUUGUUUAUGACUCUCGUUCAAAGGUUAGACGGAAGAGUUUCUUCUAUUAAGAAUGACAAUGUUCAGCGCGUUUGGACAAGAGUGAAGCAGUUCCUCAAAUACAAACAAGACGAUCCUAACCUGAAACUUUCCUAA